CUUGCGCUACGGGUGUUCACUUUCUGCGUGAAUCAUCUUUCCUUAAUAUUUUGGAAAUUAGCCGCUUUCAUCACAUUAUCCAGUUAUCCAUAGUCAACAAGGAUUGUAUUGUAUCAACUGGAACAACAUAUAGCAUUCACUCGUGAAAUCUACGUCAAGAAUCCUCGGAUACCAUAUCUAACUACGUGGAACUCAGGACUUUAUCCACAGCAAACUCUGUAAAGGAAAGUCUGACUUUUUAUUUUUGCAAUAUAAAUCUGUUUAUCGUUGUUGUUUUGAUACUUCGAUAAUACAGCUAUCUUAUUUUCAUAUCCUCAAGACUUUUUUUCCGGAAAUUGUGAAGUUUCUUAUUUCUGUAAUGGUUAAGUCUAUCAAACGUGUAAGUACCGUUAAGAGACUGAGAUCUAAUACUAGUCAGCCAUCUGAAGGCCUCAGCUCCGUUGACAAUUCUACACUGUUUACACCAGCCAUACCCAGAGUUAUGGUAUCUGAUAUCAUGGAGGAAUUAGCAGAGAAUGCGGCUUGUAGCAAAAAUGAUUUACUGACACUUCAGAAGUCAAUAGCAGAACUACAGAGCAAGUUUGACAGCAUUAUGCCUCUCACGCAACUGUGUGACCCACCACAAAACAUCUGUUUUGAAUCACUAAUCAAAUCCGAGCGCAUAAUUGACUAUUUGGCUGAAGAAGCUGUUAAGAGGAUUAUGUCUUCACAUAACGUCUUGGCCUAUAACAUUCCAGACAGAGAGCCGAUUGCCAAACUUAAGAAUUCGUGUCUAAAGGCUUGUAAUAUGUCGUUGACAGAAUGUCAGGUUUUGCGUCUUCGUAAGAAAUCUGCAAACCACCCGUGUCCUGUGCUUUUCAAGUUUAGGUCUACCGAAGAAGCCAGGAAUUUUCUGAAAUCGGGUAAGAAAAUAGGCUCUUCAACACCAUACACUAACAUUAGGGUUGCACCUGAUUUAACACCAUGCCAAAGGCGAUGCCGCUCAGGAACAGUGAACCCUGAUAACUCUAAUAGGAUAACUGUAGAUGAUGUUCCGUGCGUUAUUCCGUCUAUUGAAAUAUCUGAUCACGGCAUGCAACAGACAUUUUCGCAGGUAGUGGCUAAUGUUAGCCAAGCAUUAUAUAACGAUAUUGAUGCAGACACUGAAAUGGUGGACAUAGAUGAGUCAACGGGAAAUAAUGUUGAAAUACAUCGUUUUCACACUGACGCAAAAGUCAAGACACCGAAACCAUCAAAACCCAUCCCACUGGUGGUCCAACCAUUGCCUUAUAAGUCAGUUACUCCUCUGUCUGACAAUCCACACUCUGUAAAGCACCAGUCGAAUGUAGCCACCCAAGUUGGCAAGUUUUCUAGGCGUUAUGACAAACGUCCCAUUUCCAUUAAGAAAACUAAAGCUCAUGAGGUGUUCAAGCCACAGAAACCCUACAUAGCAUGUGCUGACUGCCCUGUUAGCCAUCAUCAGCCAGAUAAUCAUAAGAUAGGGGAAAAAGAAGUAAAUAAAUUAAAUACUAAACCCGGAGCAAGAAAGCUCUUUGAUAAGAAAGAGACGAAAGCACCUGUAGGCCUUCUUUGUAAGAGAAAGUCAAAUAUGGUAGACGAAGCUCCUAGGGGUAGGCCUAAUUGGUGCCAAGUGGAAAGCCAAUUUUAUCGAAUCCCUAAUUCUAGACAAACAGCACAGCAAAGUAGUAGGUAUUGUUCUGCACAUCCACUACGUAAACCCCUUGUCAACCAGCCCACUUCUAAUAUUCUGUCUACUGAAAGUUAUAGAAAAUACCCCAAACAUCGGCCACAGACCACAUUUAGCAAGCCAACAGAACCCAUUCAUAUAUCUUAUGUGUCUAGUGGGGAGCAUGUGCCGAUUUCUGCACAAAACUUGCCAUGGUCUGAUGAAUACCAGAAACAGAUACCAACACUUCAUUCUUAUACUGGCAACAAAUUACCGAAUACACAUAUCGGUUAUACCUUAGGGCAGGAUUUUCACCAGCGUCAGUUAACAGAAACACCUGGAAUCAUGCAUAUAGCACGCAUGAUAUCGGAUCAAUUCCUUGCUGGCAUAGCGAACAGUCUACAGCUAGGGCAAGGCAUAUUUCCCGGGAGAUAG